CCGUAGUGGUGGAUGAAGAAGAGCGAAAUGGGCCAGAACACGAAGAAGCCGAUGAGUGUGCCGGCCAGCACGUCCGUCGGGUAGUGGCGGCCGAGCGCCACGCGCGAGAAGUUGAUGACCAGCGCCCAGACGAUGGACACGGCGACCAGUGCGGCCGGCGCCAGGCCGUAGAAGAACUCGCGGAGAAUCCACGGGUGCGUCUCGGCGAGGUAGACGAGCAUGGCCACCAUGGCCCACACGCGCGUCGAGUGGCCGGACGGGAACGAGUGCUGGUCCGGCCCCACGAAGCGCAUGUCCGCCUCGUGGAAGGGCGGCCGCUGGCGGUGAAACACCAUCUUGAGCAGCAUGAUGGCGAUGAUGUCGACCGUCAUGACGGUGAAGAGCGCCGACAGCAGCAUUUUGGUGGCCGGCUCGAAGGGGCCGAUGAGGCCGGCCGCCCAGAGCAGCCCCAUGAGCGGCGGGAUGGUCAGAAUCCACAGGAAGCCAUCGCCCGAGUGCGAGAAAAUCUCCCAGCACAGACGCGGCGUCGGGUCGCGGCCGAAGCGCUGGUAGAGCUUGGUGGACCACGUCAGGUCGUAGGCGUACACGCGGUUGGCGAGGCUCAUGGCGAGCGUCUUGUGCUGCUGCUGUUCCUCGAGGUCUGGCUUGUCCUCGGCGCCGUCCACUUGCGGGAUUGAGCCGUAGCUGCCCAUGCCGGCCGGAGGGGGUGUGGCGACGGACAUGUGAUUGGUCAAAAUGGGUGCAUAAUGCAGACAGACAGGUGAGUGUAUCCAUGUGUGUCCAUUUAAUUUAACUCGAAGUUGUUCUGGCAAGUGAUGUUACUGCGACGUGAGCAACCAAGAUACGUAUACAUGUAGGAUACUUUGGAGUAGAGCUCGGCCUCUCGGACCACGCGAUCUCACCGUGGUCAACGGCAAAGUUUGCCGUGGUGUCGUUUUCCUCCGAUUGCGGGUGUUGUCGAGUUGAGCGGGCGUUCCGUCGCAUCAUCAACGUAGACUAUCGGCUUGCCUGCCUGCCUGUCUUCAUGCUGCCAAUGCUUGCCAAAGUUGUGCUCGAUGCUCGUUGCAUGUAUUACAUGCACUCUUCAUUUCGGCAGGCUACAAACUCGACGGUUGUACAGUGUACUUCAAACUAUCAUCUAUUCUCGCCGAAACGAGCACAAUAAAUUUUCGCGGCUUUCAUCGUGACCAGCAGCUUACACCAACGUCCUGUAUUUGGACUCUAUUCGCUUUGCUUCUUCAUCGCUCAUUUAGUCUUGCCUCUUGAUGGGCAAGUGCGAGCUUCUCCUGUCUUCUCGGUCGGGCAGCACCUUGAAAUUGUAGUACGCCGCCGCCCCCACGAAGCUGUGCCAGCAGCCGUGGAAAAAGCGGAACGGGUCCGUGUCGUCGUCCAGGCCGCGCACGAAGCACCCAACACCGCACACCAGCAGCAGCAAUCCGCGUCGGAACGGCUGAUAGUCGUAUCGGGGCACGCGCCUCCUCACCGCGAACGACACCAGCAGCAGCAGGAAGCUGCUGACUACGGGGAUGACCGAGUUCCACUCGUCCCACGGAUUUUUCUCCUGGAAGACCAGCACCAUGCCCAGGAAGAAGUACUGCACAUACCGCUCCAGCACCGGGUGACGCAGGUCCAUGAGGUGGAUCCCCCACAUGAUGAAGCUCAUGAUGGAGCCGAUGUUGUCGAGUCUGUGCCACUGCCCUUCCGUGAGCCACAGCGGGCCGUCGAUGCUGUCGCACACGUGAUACAUGAAGCUGGUGGUCAUGGUAAACAUGCCGAUGAACGCCUGCGCAAACAUGACACGCGUUAGAUCGGAUCCGUUGUGCCAGCCCAAGAGCAGCCCAGCUGAUGGCAUUUCAAUGCACUGCACCUCGAAGACGAACUGCCGACUGUAGAGGCUAUAGAUGGCGGGGAACAUGCAGAAGUUGGUGACCCCCGUCACGGUCAGCAUCAUGGCCGUCUCGAAGCAGCUCCUCAUGCUGGUCCGACGCGGCUCGAAAGAGACUGAAGCUGGAAACGAAAAUUUAUGUGGCGUACAAAACCUUAAAAAAAAACAAGCCUUGUGUAAGGUGUUGCUGCAAGCUAUCCACUUUGGCGGGAAUACCGGUCACAAUUGUUAGUGAAAAUGCUAGAUGUAAGUAAGGGCUGCAUGUAAGCAAAGGGGUAAGGAGAAAUGCUUCGGCGAGAGCUCAUUAGCCGAAAGGCUAAAACACGUGAUAAAUUUCUUUAAUUUCUCGGGAUUCCCCCAUUUUUGGGGGGCAUGCUCCUCGUAACUUUUACCCCGAAUGCACCGUGUGGCCGUCUCAAACACUCGACCCGAUCCUAUCACUUCCCAACCUCGAUCGCUUGCGUCAGUGAAUUGACGCCCGCACAGCUCGUGGUUCCCGCUGUGCAGCGCAGUGCGCUGGCUUGUUUUAACAAGGCUUAAAAGCCUUCCCAACGUGCGACUCACGAUAACCAAACGCAAAAAGGCUUGGCGGACUUGUAGACAAGCAGCGCGUAGCGACGACACCAGCUGCAGUUCUGCUACAGCGAUCACAAAUGCUGGCAAUGUCACUGGACAACGGAGCAUGUGCUCGCAUGUCAGUUUGGAACAUGGCUAAGCGGGGCUCUCCCGCCACGUGCCUUCUGUCUCUUGCUUUCUGCCGUUGAAGUCCCAGGUGCGUACAGUACUGUCACAUUUCAUGCAUGUCGAAUAUUUCGCGUAGCAUUCCGUAUUGUCAAAUUAUCUGGCUUUUUCGUCGUCUGCACGAAGCGGCCAUUCCGCCACGCACUCCCGUUCAGCACGACGCCGCGUGCAGGCUGUCAAGAGCUGCCCGCCCCAUCGAAAAGCUCGAUACUCGUCACACAUAGAUAGCCACAGUCCCGCUCGCACCACCAAUGUUGUGCUGUUUCAGCUGCUUCAGCCGCCGCGGCGCGCGCGACGACGGCGUCGAGGACGGCCGCAUGACCGCGUCGGGCAUGCUGGCGCUUGGUCACCAUGACAAGAAAGAGCCCACGUUCGAGGACUCGUACGACGUGCUGUACCAGCUCGGCGAGGGCAAGACCGGCCAGGUGUUCGUCGCCAAGAGGAAGCGCCCGCACUACCGCAGCCGCGCCAAGACGCUGGCGGAGGAGCAGCAGCGGGAACGCGAAGAGCGCGAGUGCGACGAGGACGUGGCCGUCAAGUUCGUGCGCCAGGAGUAUCUGUCCACGCCCAACCGCGUAGAGGCGCUGGAGUCCGAGCUGGCCAUCCUCGCCAGAGUUAAGCACCCGGGCGUGCUGCGGCUGCGCAAGGUGUUCCAGGACGACGACAAGUUCGCCAUCGUGACGGACAAGGCCACGGGUGGAGAGGUCAUGGACGCGAUCUGCCGGCCAGGAGCUCCGCGCGUACGCGAGUGCGACGUGGCGGAGAUCGUCCGACAAUUGCUGAGCGUGCUGGCCUACCUGCACCUGAACGGUAUCACGCACCGCGACGUGAAGGUGGAGAACAUUCUGUGCAAGACCAAGGACCUGCAGGACGGUGUGCUGCUCAUUGACUUCGGACUGGCUCACAUGGGCACCGUGGGCGGCAACGAGAUGUCGGGUAUGAACGGCACACCGCACUACAUGGCGCCGGAGAUGUUCCACAAACACAGCUACUACGGCUGGGCGAUUGAUCUCUGGUCGCUGGGUGUCGUCACGUACGUCUUGCUGUUUGGGCAGUUCCCGUUCGACGCGCGGUUCCUCUCGCAGGUGGAAGACAAGAUCGUCAAGGGCGAAUUCGAGUACCCCAAGGAGCUCGAGUCCAAGGUGUCACAUCAGGCCAAGAAGUUCAUCGAGUACUUGCUAGUGCUAAAUCCGAGGGAGCGUCCGCCUGCUGCAAUGGCGCUACAGCACCCGUGGCUGCAGGCGGACGCCUCGGCUGCCGACCCGUUCACGGACGACCACAUGGCUGCGCUGGCCAAGUUCUCCGAGGGCAAGAAGACGUUCGCGCCUCCACCUCCAAAGGAACACGCGCCGUCGCAGCCUGCUCCGCCUCAAGGGUACGUCAUUUAUGAAGAGUAGAGCACCAAGUUAAUAAAUCGCCAGCUCUGUUCAUCGUGAAUUUCCUGGGUUGCUAGCUAUUGAUCUCAGAGGGCUGCACGUGUAGGUAGGUAGGUAGGUAGGUAGGUAGGUUUGCUCACUUCAAAAGAUGUGGAUGAUGGUGUAGAGCACAAGCCCCGUGGCUGCCAUCAGUACCGGCGCGUCCAUGGUGUGGGGCGCUGUUGCCUCUGCGUA